AUGGCUUCAUCAUCGAAUAAUUCUAUUAAACAACAAAAUUAUGAUUAUUUUCUUGUACUUGAUUUUGAAGCAACAUGUGAUGAAGAAAGAAAAAUUUAUCCAAUUGAAAUUAUUGAAUUUCCUGUUUUAAAAAUCAAUGCACGUACAUUUGAAUGUGAAUCAAUAUUUCAUACAUAUGUAACACCAACAAUAAAUCCUCAAUUAACUAAAUUUUGUAUCGAUUUAACUGGUAUAACUCAAGAUAUGAUUACAAAUCAACCAAAAUUUGAUGAUGUUCUUCAAAAUUUUCAUUUAUGGCUUAAUAAUGAAAAACUUCUUGAAUCAAAUACGAAAUUUAUUUUUGUUACUUGUGGUGAUUGGGAUUUAUAUACAAUGUUACCUAGUCAAUGUAAUUAUUUUAAAUUAUCAUGUGCUGAAUAUUUCAAUCGAUGGAUUAAUAUUAAAAAAUCAUUUAAACAAGCUACUGGUAAAUUUGCACGUGAUGGUAUGAUGGGCAUGUUAAAAGAUCUUAAUAUUCAACAUAUAGGAAGACAUCAUAGUGGUAUUGAUGAUUGUAAAAAUAUUGCAGAAAUAUUAAAACAAUUAGCUAAACAUGGAUAUAUAUUUGAAGAAAAUAGAAAAAAAUAA